AUGACAUUCUCAAAGCAACUUUUCCCUUUAUUUUUCCUCCUCUUCCUCUUACCUCUUCGACACGCCUCAAAACCUAUAAAAUGUCCUUCUUCCCGUCGGGAAUGGCUUAGUUGCGGGCCCUCUGAAGUACGCAUUCGUUUUCCUUUAUGUGACCACAAGGGAUUCAAUCUCCGUUGCAACAAUCUCAACAAAACAGUCCUACAACUUCCUAUGUCGGGAACCUUUUUUGUCGAGACUGUCGACUACCUAAACCAACGUAUCUCUAUCAGCGACCCUGAUAACUGUUUAGCUAAGCGUCUUUUGACAUUCAACGUUUCAGGAUCUCCUUUCUCUUUUCCUUUCAAUAUCGAAUACACGUUCUUUACAUGUCCAAAUGAUGUUGUCUUACCCUCCUCGUAUUGGCCCGUCCCUUGCCUAAGCAAUUCUACUUCCUCCUUCUACGCCACAACUAGUUAUAACCAGGCAAGCUCUCUGUUUCCUUCUUCUUGUCAGAUUGUGAAGAGAUUACAUGUUCCGGCUAUCAACAGAGAAAGACUCUUGCUGGAAUGGCACUCUCCCAAUUGCACAAGUUGUGAGAUGGAUGGCUUGACAUGUGGACUCAAGAACAAGGCCUCCCUCAAAGUCAAAUGCUUCGGUGAUAAAUCUGGUUCUAAGAAAAGCAGAGGCAGCGGAAUAGAAGCAUUAAUAGUAUGCGUGUCCGUAUUCGGAGGACUCUUCUUAUUCUUUCUCUGUUUAUUUUGUAUCGCUUGCCUCGUAAACAAGUGUAGCAAUGUCGAGAGUUCGGAUUCCCCGAGACAAGAGAUUGUGGAAGUGGAAUCAAGAGAGAUGAUCGGAAGGGCCACGAGGGGACUUGACCAGUGUACAAUAGAAACAUACAAGAAAAUGGAGUUGGGAGAAAGUGUAAGGCUUCCGGGGACAAAUGGAACUGUAUGUCUUAUUUGUUUAUCAGAGUACGCGAGCAAAGAGACCGUACGAUUCAUACCAGAAUGUAACCAUUGCUUCCACGUGGAAUGUAUUGAUGUGUGGCUCAAGAUUCAUGGCUCAUGCCCUAUUUGUCGAGACUCACGCGCAUUAAGAUAG